AACCCUUAUAUUUCAUUUUCUUUCUUUUUAAAGAAGAAAGUUUCUAUAAUUGAUUGAUAAAUCCGAACAUCAAAGCUAAGAAUUUCUCUUCAAAACCAAAUUCAGACGAAAACGAUGGCGUUUCACAACAAUCACUUUAAUCACUUCACCGACCAACAACAACAUCAGCCUCCUCCUCCGCCGCCGCAGCAGCAGCAGCAACAACAUUUUCAUGAAUCAGCACCGCCUAAUUGGCUCCUCCGCUCCGAUAACAAUUUCCUCAACCUCCACACCGCCGCUACAAGCUCCGAUUCUCCUUCUUCCGCCGCCGCUAACCAGUGGCUCUCACGAUCCUCAUCCUUCCUCCAACGCGGCAGCACCGCAAACAACAACAACGAAACAUCCGGUGACGUCGUCGAAGAAGUCGCCGGCGGAGAGGAGUCAAUGAUCGGAGAGAAGAAGGAGGCGGAGAGGUGGCAGAAUGCGAGACACAAGGCGGAGAUACUGUCUCAUCCACUCUACGAGCAGCUUUUGUCGGCACACGUGGCGUGCCUGAGGAUCGCAACGCCGGUGGAUCAGCUUCCGAGGAUCGACGCACAGCUUGCUCAGUCGCAAAACGUCGUGGCUAAGUACUCAUCCUUAGAAGCCGCUCAAGGACUCCUCGCCGGCGAUGACAAGGAGCUUGACCACUUCAUGACGCAUUAUGUACUAUUGCUUUGCUCAUUCAAAGAACAAUUGCAACAGCAUGUUCGUGUUCAUGCAAUGGAAGCUGUUAUGGCUUGUUGGGAGAUUGAGCAGUCUCUUCAAAGUUUUACAGGAGUAUCUCCUGGUGAAGGCACAGGAGCAACAAUGUCUGAGGAUGAAGAUGAGCAAGUAGAGAGUGAUGCUCCUUUGUUUGAUGGAAGCUUAGAUGGGUUAGGGUUUGGUCCUCUAGUUCCCACUGAGAGUGAGAGAUCUUUGAUGGAACGAGUCAGACAAGAACUUAAACAUGAACUCAAGCAGGGUUAUAAGGAGAAAAUUGUGGACAUAAGAGAGGAGAUACUAAGGAAGAGAAGAGCUGGAAAAUUACCAGGAGACACCACCUCUGUUCUCAAAGCAUGGUGGCAAUCUCAUUCUAAGUGGCCUUACCCGACUGAGGAAGAUAAGGCGAGGUUGGUGCAGGAGACAGGUUUGCAGCUCAAACAGAUAAACAAUUGGUUCAUCAACCAAAGAAAGAGGAACUGGCAUAGCAAUCCAUCUUCUUCUACCGUCUCAAAGAACAAACGCAGAAGCAAUGCAGGUGAAAAUAGCGGAAGAGAGCGUAGUUGAGGUCACUUUGAAGCUCGCAUGGAGAGAUCCAAAAGCUUUAUCGAAAAUUGGAGACAUCAUGAAGACAAGACUUCUUACACAACAAACGUAGAACGUAAUU